GCAUUAUGAAAUUUGAGGGGCAUUUAGCACCAACGCAUUAGCGUUUAAUAUGUUUUUAUCAUAAUUUUUAAGAGCUCAAUAUCGGUGCGAUGACUAGUGAAAAAACGUAUGAUGUGACAAUGUGUAUAUUCUUGAUUUAGUCUUAUAUUUUCUCAAUUCGUAUGUUAAGAAUUUGCGCUAGUUGAAAGAAAAUUCCCUUACUAUCUGAGCAUAGGCACCGCGCAGCAAUAGUUGCAGGCUGGUUUAGGUAGGCAAAGAUUGAGAUAGCCUCAGUCGCCACACAGCUUCAAUUGAAAAGCGCUAAAGUCAUGUAGAAAAAUGUUUGACUAUCCUUGAAAUUGAGUCCUACACACCAGGAAGAGGGAGUAAAUGAGAAAUGAAAGAGCGAGCGAGAGUGUACACGCGCAUACGCAACGUCAACGACUCUGUCGUAGCUUUUGGCAUGCUGCUGCUGUCAUCAAGAAGCGAGACAACAGACGUUUUACUUUCAUGUUGAGAACGUGCGAAAUACAAGUUUCAAUUAAAAUGCGUGCGUUAAAACGAGCCAAAUGCUUGAUUGCAGUAGUUUUGCAUGAAAGGGUCGUUGCUGCCAACCGCUACUCCAAUUGGGAUUAUGAGGUUCCCAUUGAAAUUAAACUGGUGAACGAUGAAACGGCAGUGUGGGAUAACGCUCUCAGUGAUUGUAUGUGCAAAAUACAUCCAGUGAUAAAUUUGCGUAAAAAUGUUUUUUUUAAAUUGAACUGUGUCAAAAGCUGUUGCUUUGCUGUAUAGAAAGUUGAAGAAUCGCAUCAAAUACGCAGAAUAUGUGUGUAAAUAUUCGUUUCUUCACACAAAUUUCGAAAAUAAAGUAAAUUUAAUGAACAUUUUUGUGCAAUUGAAUUAAAUUCAAACGGAGAUAAAUUAACACACACCAACACAUAAACACUAAAACAAAGCAAGCGAUAGUGGAAGUGGAAUCAGCGCAACAGAUGUUAGAGUACAGCUUAAGCACUGACUGAUUGCGCAAGAGGAAAGACGUUGAUAAACUGUCGCUAAAAGCAAAUAUAUAAAAUCAAAAA